UCAGUUGGUCUCGAACCGUCAUAGCGAGUACAGCAUAGCUUGAGGGGGAGGUGUCAAGCGGCUCUUUUGUCUCCCCACCAAUUAUUCCUACUGCAGGCCUGCUUUAUUAUCGGAGCACAAUCCAGUGCAUCUGAAAAUCGUAACACUUUGCGCGCUAUUCGGGAGUGCGCCGCGACACAUGCAGCCGUACAGAUCGAACGUAGUGCUAUUAUCAUCAUCGAUCACCUCAUUGUGCGUUUCGGAGCACAGAUUAGGAUGAGCUCUGUUGCAUCUCAAGGCUAGUUUCAGUGUCCGGGAAAGCUUCUCCAGACAAACAAAGAAGUAUUGCAUAAAAUUACGUACGCGUCCAACCGUGUAAGAAUCAGCGUAGUGAUAAAUAUCAGUGGGGAAUCUUUCGUUUUUUUACUUUCGUGAACACAAUAACAUUGAUCUCGCAACAAAGUAGCAGAUAGUAAGACCGGGACAAACUCAGAUUUGCAUUCGAGAAAGAAAACGUGAAAGGAAAACUCAUUGAAAAAUGACGCUUGAGGGAAAUUGCUCGACGGAAGACGACACCAAUCGAGUUUUGUUCCAAUCCAGGAAAAGCUCGAUGGUGCGGCUGCAGAUUAUGCCGGCGCAGCCAAAAAGUAUCACGCACUUACCGAAGAGACCACCAGUUGAUUUGGCCUUUACCGAUCUCACGUAUAAGGUCCGAGAAGGCCGCAAAAAUAAUGUGAAAACGAUUCUCAAAUCCGUCAGUGGCAGACUGCGAUCCGGAGAGUUGACGGCUAUUAUGGGUCCUUCUGGUGCAGGAAAGUCGACGCUCCUAAACAUCCUUACCGGAUACAAGACGACAAGUACAGAGGGUAGCAUCACAAUAAAUGGCCACGAAAGAAAUCUCAGUGCCUUCAGGAAACUCUCCUGCUACAUCAUGCAGGACAAUCAAUUGUACGGGAAUCUAACGGUAGCGGAAGCUAUGAAGGUUGCAGCGAAUCUUAAGCUUAGUUCACACGUCGACAAAGCAGAGAAAGAAGAAGUGAUUCAAGAAAUCCUUGAAACUCUCGGUUUGUCUGAGCACCGUCGAACCAUGACCUCGAAUCUGAGUGGUGGUCAGAAGAAAAGACUUUCUAUCGCUCUAGAACUGGUCAAUAACCCUCCUAUAAUGUUUUUCGACGAGCCAACUAGCGGCUUGGAUUCCUCAUCUUGUUUCCAGUGCAUUUCGUUGUUGAAGACAUUGGCACGAGGCGGUAGAACGAUAAUCUGUACUAUUCAUCAGCCCAGCGCAAGGCUUUUCGAGAUGUUCGAUGCUCUCUAUACGUUAGCCGAAGGUCAAUGCGUUUAUCAGGGCUCCACUUCACAAUUGGUGCCUUUUCUAAGAACAAUUGGCCUUAAUUGUCCGAAUUAUCAUAACCCAGCAUCGUUUCUCAUUGAGGUAUCAUGCGGUGAAUAUGGCGAUAAUAUCAAGAAUUUAGUAAACGCGAUAAACAAUGGCAAAUACGAUAUACGCGAGGGAUAUACGUUUGCCGAGACGAAGGAAGAGAUGAACAAUUGCGCUGCCUCAACAGGAAUUUUGAAGAAUGGCGAUAGCAUAGAAAAAAUUAAAAUCAGAGACAAAAAUGAUGUCAAUAAUCUUGAGGAGAAGUUCGCGGAACAGAGACCGAAGGAGAUUAGCAAUGAGAAACUCAUAUCGGGCUAUGCUAUGAAUGACAUUGCUAAACAAGCAAUAGAUAUGGUAAUCCCUAUGGACACGGAUAAGAAAGACAAUGCCAGCAUGGCUUUGCUCGAUGAAUCCAUUGCAGUAACGCCGGAAAGAUAUCCUAUAUCCGAAUUGUUACAAUUCUACAUCGUUCUGAAGCGUGCUUUACUCUUCAGUCGUAGAGAUUGGACUCUUAUGUACCUCCGACUCUUCGCUCACCUUCUGGUAGCGUCGUUAAUCACCGCGUUAUAUUAUGAUAUCGGAAACGAUGGCGCUAAAGUACUUAGUAAUCUCGGAUUUCUGUUCUUCAAUAUGCUAUUUCUUAUGUACACUUCCAUGACUAUCACCAUUCUGUCCUUCCCACUAGAACUGCCUGUACUUUUAAAAGAGAACUUUAACAGAUGGUACUCUCUCAAAGCAUAUUAUUUUGCAAUUACUCUUUCUGAUUUACCGUUUCAGACUAUAUUUUGUGUAAUAUACGUCUCUAUCGUGUACUUCAUGACGAGCCAACCGGCGGAUAUGACGCGAUAUUGGAUGUUCGUGAGUAUUUGUCUGCUAAUUUCUUUCGUCGCGCAAUCGGUGGGCCUCGUGGUCGGCGCUGCGAUGAACGUGCAGAACGGCGUGUUCCUGGCGCCGGUGAUGUCGGUGCCGUUCCUCCUUUUCUCAGGCUUCUUUGUCAGUUUCGACGCGAUUCCGGUCUAUCUACGAUGGAUUACGUAUCUCAGCUACAUUAGAUAUGGUUUCGAGGGAACAGCUUUGACUGUUUACGGCUACGGUCGAGAGAAACUGAAGUGUUUCCAGGUAUAUUGCCACUUUAAAAAUCCGGAAGUGACACUGGAGGAACUGGACAUGCUCGAUGCUGAUUUUACUCUAGAUAUCCUCGCUCUUCUUCUCAUAUUCGUGGUGCUCCGAAUCGCCGCGUAUUUCUUCCUCUGCUGGAAGAUAAAGAAUGCUCGGUAAAUUAUCAAUACGCGCGAAUAAUUGUAAGAUAUUUUACAAUAAUGAAGAUUUGGGCUUCGAUGUCUCAUAAUACAAUCAAAAGAUAAAAAAAUUUAUGCAAAAAUUUUUGUGGCAUUUCUCAGCGAGAAUUCUCGCGGCAAUAAUUGUUCUCUAUCGAGAAAAGGCAUUAAUACAUUUCAAAAAUAUCACAAAAUAUGAUUUAUUCUUUCAUGUUUUAUUGUUGCUAAAUUUAAUUGUAAGAAUAUAAUACUAAUAUAACUUAUUUAUAUUUUUAAUUAAGUUUAUAUUUUUAAUUAAGUUUAACACACAACGACGAGUAAUCACGAUUGUAACAUAUUUGCUUAGGAUGUGUAUAUAUAUAUAUAUAUAUAUAUAUAUAUAUAUAUAUAUGUAUAUAUAUGUAUGUAUGUAUAUAUAAUAUAUAUCAUAUAUAUCUUCCUUUUUAUAUUAUACAGCAACAUUUUCGUUAGAAUGCAAUCGUGUACGUACGUCGAACUUAGAGUUAUUAUACUAAAUUUAAAUGUUCGCCGCACGAUGAGAAAGAAAUGUGAAGCGAAAAGAAUUAAUUCGCAUAUAAUUUUUAAGAAUUUUUGUGGAAAAAGUAGGAGGGGGGUUUUCAGUUGCCCUAGAUCGUGUUUAUCCUUCCAUGAACGAAUAUGAGGCCUUAAUCGAUGUAUUUCAUGAGCGACCGCUCUAUUUUAUCCACUAAUGGCUGUGAGCUUAAUAAUGCAAAAAGAAAAAAAGUGUUAGAGAAACUCAAAUGCAAAUGCUCAUGUUCUUAAAAUUAGCUGGGACGAAAUAAUGCGUCCGAAAGACAGAUAAUUUAUAAGCGCACGAGUUUAUCUUGCCAGAUAUUAAUUUUAUACCAAGUUGUUUGAAGACCAAGUGUUAUCAACGCUUUAUAGAAAAGAGCAGCCCUGAUAGAUUGUGUCAAAUUAAGCGUUUAUGUGCUCCUGUAAAAAUCCAUGAUUCUUGUAAAUAUAAUGAACAAAUUCUUUCUGCGUUAUUCUGUAUUGGUUGAUACUCAAAAAUUGAAAUGUGCAAAUCAAACUUUCUUAACAAAACUAAAAGAGACAAAAUGAUCAUUUUGAUAACCAUUUGUUUUUCUGGAACUGUUAAAAACAAAUUUAUUAAAUUAAUUCGUUAUUAUAUAUGUUUAUUAAAUUAUUAUUAUCUUCCAAACACAGAAAGAGAGAAUAUAUGUGUCGCUAUUCUUCUAAAUAAGCAUAAACCUUGAUUAUUUUAUAAUGUUAAAAAUUAUGAAAAAAACAAAAAGAAUUAAAUUUUUAAAGACGUGAGAAGAAAAGUAUACUUCAUCACAAUUCUAUAUAUCUAUAAAAUUGUAAUAUAAAUUUGUUCUCAAAAAUCAAAGUUAAAAAUUUUCGAUGGAAAUUAUAAAACAUGUCGCUUAUUUAAAUAUCUUUCAUAAAAAUCAGUUAUUAAAUUAAAAAUCGAUUAACGGGAUUAUGGCGCUCAGACAAAUGAAGUAAUUAUUACGAUAAAAUAUAUAUUUAUGUAGAUAAAACAAAUAAAUGAUCAAAAUAAAUAAAUAAUUGAAAAUAUAUAAUCGAUUAUUAACGAAAUACACUUUUAUAAAAUAAGAUACAUUGAGAUAUGUGUGUCUGUAUUGGUUUGACAUAAUCGUUGCUAUAGUUUAUAUUGCACAUCUAUAAAAUACAAAAAAGAUAUGCUUUUCAUAA